AUGGCUUGCUUCAUCUGGCCAAAGUUGGAUGCUUUAGCUCAAUGGAUAGGAGUGCGUAUGACCACGUGGCUGCAUCCAGAUGUGUCGCAGAUUCAACUUCGUGUUUGGCAAGUCAUUCGACAAAUUGAAAGUGAGAGUUGGGCAAAUUUGAGGCUAGAAUUUUCCCCACUUGUCCGAUUCUUCCUUACGGAGUCUCUGCUCGAGAGGAGCUGGAAGAUCGUGUGCAAAGCUUUUGGACCGCUUGAGAGUGUUGGCGUCCCAACUAUUAUCAGCGGAUGGUGGUUGAUCUCUGUCAAGGUGCCACUUAAAUUCCAGAGGGCAGAGUUCGGUAUGCUGCUACAAAUGACUCCAAUGGGCAGUCUAGUGGGCCUUCGUUUUCUCCCAUCGACAACGCUUGGUCUCGCAAUUGGAUGGCAGAUGCCCUGCUAUGCCGACCACGGUGUGCGCGAGUUUGAGAUUACACUCGGGAAGCGAGAUUUUAAGGUCGUGGGAACUCUCUGUUUACCCAACGCCACAGAAGAGCAAGACAAAAUACCAAAAUUCCCGUGUGUCAUUUUCCUGGCGGGCUCGGGGCCGUGUGAUCGAGACUCGACGGUAGAGGAGAACAGGCCGUUCAAAGAUCUUGCAUGGGGUCUCGCCAGUCAGGGAAUUGCCUCUAUUCGAUUCGACAAAGUGACUCGCACGUACCCCAAAGCUUUUCACAAUCGCAAGAAUAUGACCUUGACAGACGAAUAUGUCGAACACACAGUCGACGCUGUAUUACAAUGCCAGAACCAUCCGAACAUCCUUCCUAACCGAGUUUUUGUUCUUGGACAUAGCCUCGGUGCGGUGGCUGCUCCUAUUAUCGCGGCUAUGGAUGCUUCGGUCGCAGGUUGUAUCAUCAUGGCUGCGCCAGCGGAGCCAAUAUAUCGAUGUCUGAUUCGACAGCUUCGCUACAUUCAAUCAUUGGAUGGCCCAGAAGCACCUUAUCUAAGUAAGCGAAUUGACGAGGCGCAGCUACAUGCCGAUUUAGCAGAUAGUAAUCAGCUCACAUUGUCAACGCCCGCUAAGCUACUUCCCUUUGGGAUAGGCCCGUCUUAUUGGCUUGACUAUCGCAAAUUCAACCCAAUUGAAACUGCAAUAUCUAUUAAGAAGCCUAUCCUUAUCAUGCAGGGUGGCAGGGACUAUCAAGUCACCGUUCAAGAUGACUACCAACAAUGGCACACGGCUCUCCACGGAAAACAAAAUGUCCAGUUCCAUUUAUAUGACCAGCUAAACCAUCUUUUUAUUGCGGGAAAUGGGCCAUCAACACCACUCGAAUAUUGCGUUCCAGGCAACAUAGAUGAGCAAGUUAUAAUUGAUAUUGCCAAAUGGGUGUUAAGAGCAUCGUAG